AUGAGCCCCCCUUCUCCCAAGAAGACUGGCAAUCCACCACCGCGCCAAAUCCGCUUUGUCGCAACCGACGGCCAACCGCAAACAAAGCGCCGUAGAGUCAACGCCGCUUGUCUUACAUGUCGCCGGCGCAAGAUUCGAUGUUCGGGCGAGCAGCCAGUCUGCAAGACAUGCUCCGACUAUAAACAUACUUGUCUUGGUUAUACCGACUCGACCGCCCACCUGCGAACACAGUCCGAUUCUACGAACCGGGCUCCGCCGAACUUGGCCGGUCACAAUGGAUCUAGCCAACGCGUGACUCGGGCUGUGGAGAGUUGUUCGCCAGAGCCGUCCCUUCCAACGAUAUCGACGCCUGCUGUAGACAAGUCGCCCAAAAGCAAAGCGCCGGACGGAAAGGAUACUUCUGGCUGGGAACUACCGCGAGUCAAUAAAGACUUGGAUACACAAGUGGCUUUGGACAGCCCAAGGAGCAGAGGGACAUCUGUGAGCUCUGGAAACCGCACCCAUGUCCCUUACUUUCGAUACUUCGGGCCCACAGCUAUCGUACCUGGGUUUAAGCAGAUGGUUGUACAAGUUCGAGGCUCUCGCAAGAGUAAUGCUUCCAUGUCUUCAGAGUCCCUUUCUCCUCUACGAAGUCCCAAGCCCCCUGGUAUAACUACUGGAGCUUCGAACAUCCCAGCGGAGAAUCGUGAUAAUCGCGACACAAACACGAUUCCAUUUUACGACCGAGAUGAUACGCUCCCUGUUUCCAACCUUGUGUCCCAUUUAUGCGACCUUUUCUUUGUCCACUUGGGUUGUAGUUUUCCGUUCUUGCAACGUGACCGUUUCCUACAAGAUCUCAAAGAUAAAAAAGUUGAUACGAUGUUGGUAGAUGCGGUGUGUGCCUUGGCUGCAAGAUUCUCACCGCAUCCACUACUUGGGCCACCGCAGGCCCAGCCUAUCGAUAAUUCGCAACCAAUACAAGACGAGCAGAAAUGGGAUCGGGGUCUGCCGUUUGGUCACCGAGCAAUGGGCGCUUUGGUGGAUGCUUUGCCAUGCCCGACGUUGUCCGCCGUUCAAGCGUGCCUAUUACUCGCAUAUGAACAGUUUGGGUCGAAUCAUGAUAGUGGCUUAUGGAUGUAUCUUGGGAUAUCGAUCCGAAUGGCUCAAGACCUUGGUCUGCAAAAGUUCCAAGGACUAAGACACAAUUAUGGCCAGAGUGGAGUCACUCCAAGCGAAGUCAAGACAGGUCAUGCCGGGAAAUUGAGGGAGGACCAGUACGAUGACCUUGAUGUGCACCAUACUCCGAAGACGACCCCAAAGCCAUUGAGUUCUGAACGAGCCCGAGAACGGGAGAGAGUGGAUUCAUUCUGGAGCAUCUUCUUUCUGGACAGGGUAAUCUCGUCAGGCACCGGAAGACCAGUGACCUUGCGCGAUGAAGAUAUUGAGCUCUGCUUUCCUCUUCAAUCUGAAUCUCAACUACAGAACGGAUGGCCUGCCCCGUUCCCGCCUCUCAUUCGUAUCAUUCAUCUCUACGGGCGAGUGACCGAUCUCAUUAACGGGAUUCAGGAUGUUAAACACGUUACGCCGGAGACCCUGAAGUUGCUUGCCGGGAUGGAAAGCGACCUGACGGGUAUCUACCAGCGUCUAUCGCCGAGGCUUCAUUUCAACGCAGCCAACUUCCAGGCCUAUGUCAAGGCCAAGGAGGGAACUAACUUCAUUCUUCUCCACUUCUGGUUCCACACGCUUAUUGUUCUGCUCCACCAGCCGACCCUGCUGAACUCAUUUGGUGGGACCAUCCAGCAUCUUUACCCCAACAGUCGAGAGCUCUCUAUGUCGUCGGCCAAAACAAUUGCCGAUAUUCUUUCCUUUUCGGAACUGGUCGACGGCAAAAGCUUCAUUGGCAAUCCUUUCACGAGUCAGCCAAUGUACAUUGCAGCUUGUGCGUUUCUAAUGGAAAGUGCAUACUAUGCAUCUCCUUCGUCAAGCUCCGGGUCGCCCCCACCGCAACCAUUAUUGACGAACCAAUCUAGUGGUUUCGUGAUGCCCACCAUGGAAUCCUUAAAUGGAAAAGAACGGAAGUCUACUCAAAAGCAUAUAUUGCUGGCCUCUGCAGCCAAGGAGAACUACCAACGCUGCUACAAGGCCCUGAAAGCACUGAACACAUAUUGGGAAGGCACUGGAUAUAUCUUGACAGUCCUGGAUCAGAAGGCCAAGGGAAUUGUAGAUCCACUUCUGUAUACUGUGGAAGAUAUGGAGAACGCUGAUGGGUUUGCACCGGGACAGCCUCUGGGAUUGGGACCUUGGAGGACAGGCAAAGCACCAGCAGACUCUGGCUUUGAUCCCGAAAGAGCAGGUGUAGCUGACAUUCCAUCCGAUGGAAGGUGGUCACCACAUAUUGAUCCAAGUCAAGCAAUCGGAUGGGCACUUGCCGGAGCCACGGGCUCUGCUCAGCCAAAUUUAAGCUUGCUCUACCAAAUGCCAACAGCCCAGAGUGAACAUCUCCCCAACAAGCCAACAUACUCGUCCCAACACAGCCACAGCUACCCUAUCAUCUCCCCCACUGCCGGAGAAGGAUCGCGCUCCUAUUCUCAGCCUCUCACCCAGCCUCGGGGACUCGAAACGCACACAUCGAAUAUCCCAACACCGAAUCUCAAAUAUUCACAUGUUCCGUCCCCAAGUCUCGGUAAUGAGCCAUACUACUUGGGCAUGGAUCCACGAUACCCUGAAUCUGCAACGCAAACAGCAAGACCACUUUUUCCAAACCUCGCAUCGUCCCAAAUGGAACCACAGCCCUCCUACAACUAUUCCGUCCCUCCAGCGACCGCAGAUCACCCAGAAAGGACCCCCAUGGGAUCUCACGGUCCUGAUCUCCACCCAAUGAUGAAUACGGAUAACGAGAUGAUGAUUGGAACCCACGACGUCGAUAUGAACACACUCCACCACCAGGACUCUUUUCCAUUUGCAAAUGGCGAGAUAAUACCCUGGCUGGAGUAUCUCCCACAAGAUGUCCUCAGUUUCUUUGGAGAUCACCAAAAUUAUCCCCUUAUGAGCCCUGACAAUCCUACGCCACGGCCUCCAUAA